UGUAUAUUUUGUACAAGAUAGCUGGUAACUUUUUCUCGCUUCCGUGUUUGUUUUGUCUAAUGUUUGUGUUUAUUUGGCGCAAUGUUGACUGCAGACGGAAUGCGAACUGUUCAUUAAUAUAGUCGGAUUUAUGACGUAAAGCGGCAUUUUGAUUAUUAUUCGCAAACAUAGGACUGUAUGGAUAAAGACAUUCUACUAUACUACUACAUACAAGUCCAUACGUGCUUGUUACAGAAUGGCCUGCCAGAAAACCUGUCGUUGAUAUGUCGGUAUCUAGUGAUUUCCCCUCGACCAGUAUGACCAACACCAGCAUGUUACAACCGGCCAGUCUCGCCACGCAUCCACAGAGUUGGACUAAAGGCGAAGUGACUGCUUGGCUGAGAUGGUGUACGGAGGAAUAUUCGAUAGAACCCAUACCGCCGGAAAAGUUCGAUUUAAAUGGCAAAGCGCUGUGUCUCCUUACCAAGACUGACUUUAUGGACAGGAUACCACGGAACGGUGAUGUUCUGUACAAUAGUCUCAUUAAACUCAUAUCCAAGCAUCAACCCGGAAGGUCUGUCUUUACAGGGGUGUCACAUUCCGUCCCGGAAUCGAAAAAGAGCUCUGCCUCUGACCGUCUCUAUCAAACAUCUGUUUUAUCACAUCCAAAUCUGCUGAUCAUUCCACACGCGGCCAGUCCGCCGCAGCUGUCCGGCCUCCAUUCAUUGACGUAUCACUCACGCCCUGCCUAUGUGCCUAUCAGACCGAACCAUCCACAUAUUUCACCACACGAACACGACUCAUGCCAUGGACAGUCCUCGGUGAAUGGUGACAUGAUAUUCGAUGAACUUAAUACAGGUGCGGGUAACUCACCAGAAUGUCGUCUGCUCUGGGAGUUCAUACAUCUGCUACUUUCAAACCGGAAGUACACCACUUACGUCAGCUGGGAAAAUCAGGAGGAUUAUGUGUUCAGGAUUAACAAUCCAACCGGCUUAGCAGAACUUUGGGGACAGCAGAAAAAUAGGUCAAAUAUGACUUACGAGAAAUUGUCACGGGCGCUACGGUACUAUUACAGAAUGAAUAUCAUCAAGAAAGUCCCGGGGAAGAGACUAACUUACAGGUUUCUACAAUCACCGUCAAAAAUCCAGAAAGGACAACGAGGUGCUAAACCUCACUACAAGCUAUCUCUUAACGAGCUAGAAGACACAGACAUCGCCCCUGAUGCCCCAAAGUCGGCUCCGGCGGCAAUAAAACUCGACCCGGACCAAGAUAGUAGUAAUGGCAGUUCCCCAGAAGAAUUUGCUCAUACCUGUAGUACGUCGUCUAUAUCUUUCCCUCGCCCUGCUUAUCCGUUUUCCGCGGACAAACCUUCAGUGUAUUAUAGUAGAUUAGAAUUACAAACAAGGCCGACUUUUUCAGACGUUCUGUCCGAAAGCGAAAGGAUAUUUUCACAGCGCCCAUUGGCAUAUCUUGCCCACACUUCCAUACAGUCAUUUCAAAACUCUGAACACUUAAUGUUGCCAUAUUUAGCUGGUUCAAGUACCCCUCGGGUACAAAGUCCUUCGUAUGGACGGGAGAAUGACUAUUUCCGUCCACAUUCAUCGUAUUCAAUGGACGCCGUUUCCGGAAGGUUUUCCAACAGGCCUGAUUCAAUUCAUUUUGGAAACCCUAGCCUUUGUUUACCUGGCGCUUUUGGUACAGAACAUCGCUCCUCAACGUCGCUGCAAAGUGAGCCUGAAGAUUUGAGCAUUCGCUCAAAAAAUGUUACGUCAUAGCCUUAAUUACCUAAUUUGUGAUCCACUGUUUAUGUAACUUUAUGUACUAGUCAGGUCAAUAUACACCCUUAAAAACAUGGCAACAAAAAGGUAUUUUAACUGAUCCUGGAAAGGUUAAAGGUACUUCAUAAACAUAUCAAAAGUUUACCGAAAUAAGACCACCACAAAGUGUUUUGUUUUCAAGAUGGCCGCCAAAACCUAUUUAUAAUCAUUACUUUAUAACUAUCAACUUAAAUUUGAUGAUUUUGGUCUGUACACACGUUUCUGGUGGUAAAGAACACAUUAAGAUCAUCAGAUAUAGUGUACGUUUAUUAUCUUUAUCAUGAAUACAACAUGGCGUCAAUGACGGCCACCAACACCAUAAGAAGGAACACAAGGCAAUAAUGCAAACGAGAUGAUUGCUAUGUCGCCAUAGUUUGAGAGAAAACGUCACACUUUAAUUGAAUGUAUAUUUCACUAAGCAUUUGAAUAAUAAUGAAAAACAAUGUAUGACAUUCAGCUGUCGACUGUCAUUUGGUACACAAUCACAUUUGUCCAUGACAUUUGUCUUAGAGCGUUAACUUGUGGGUGUCGUCGUCCUCCUUCUCCUCAGUUCCGACAUCCCGUGAACUGUUUGGAUUUCAAUGUUUUCAGUUUUACCAAGGUCACACACGGCAGUGCAGGGGAGUCCAUAGUGUCUGAAGCUGAAUCGAGAGGAUUAGCGUCUUACAGAACAGUUACAAAGGAUGAUUUUAAAUAGUUCUUCAGGUGCAAUAUUGAUUAGGGUAAUGAUUGGAGUGUAUUGUUCGUUGUCUUGUUUCCAUCCUCAUUCAGUCAGUUUCAUAUUAUUUGCAAUCCUAACCCUUUCCAUGAUUUGAUAGUAUACCCGUUGGCUAAAGAAAACUGUUGCAUGUGCAGGGAAGUCGCUCAGAAGUGACAUGUUUUUCGGCAGUAGCGACUUUCUUUGUUAAAAGGUUAUGAUGCAUUGAUUCCAAAGAAUCAAUGGACUUACCACCAAAGAGAUCCACCAGCAGGCAUUCGCCCGUAUUUGAUGUUAUAUUAUGACUUGUUUGGAAAACAAUAAACUUGCACAUGAAGAAAUUCAUGAAGUUGAAUCAGAGUACGCUUGAACUAAAAGCAACUCAUCGCACACUUCGUCUCCUUAGAGUUCUUUCAACAUUUUUUCAAGUUUACACGUUGUGUUCCUAUGACUGUUCGUGUACAUCGGAGCAAAAUUAGAUUGUCGCCUUGUCCCUUUAGGAGUAAUGCAGGAGUCUGAUGGGAAAAAAUCUGUAGCUUCGCUUACCGACGUUGUGAUGCUAGGAUGGGAUCGCUCCACUGUUUCUUUAACAAUAUCAAUGUCUGCAUUCCCUGGUGACAGAAUCACAUAACAUCCGCUUUUAGUCAAAGCUGUGCUGAUCAGAGCAAUCAUGUUUUCCUUGUUUGUCACGAGACAAAAUGUCCUCCUUGUUGCACGAAUGUAUUGUCUGUGAAAGAAGGACCGUGUAGCUAGCGGACACCGCUGUCGCCUCUACGUAAUGCUUUACAGUGAAAUCUGCAUAAGACUCCACUAGCUUUCUCAUUUGCUGCAGCUAGUGAAGAGCAAAUCGCCGGUAAUUGAAGUGCCAGAUGCAGCAAAGACAGAAAAUCAAUCGGACACUUCCUGAACAUGCAUCAGUCCACACCAAUACGAUGACUUGUGCCUUUCGUAUUGUUUCGGCGGCCUUUUUGACGCAUUUUUUUAUUUAUGUGCACAAUAAACAAAAGUACACUGUA